UAGUUCCAAGGGCUUCAGUGAGAUUGAGAGGGGGCAACACUUCUGAUCAGAGGCUCAACAGCGCAGGGCAGUUUAUUCAGAGAAUCGAAGAGGAAGAGUGCGCGAGAGAGGGUGCCCCAUCCUUCACACAAACUGGAGGAAUCCACACUCCAACACUAAUGGCUGUUUGAGAAAAUAAUAAUUUCCCCCCUCUCUCUUUCGCUGGGAUUUUUGGCUUCUAGUUCUCUCCUAAUCAGAAAUUGUCACAAGUAUUUUUUCAAUUGCUCUUGAAAAAUUAAUCCGCCUUUGCCGUGGACGUCCCUGGCGACCAUGGAUACCCAUAUAAGAUGGAAAGUAAAACGGAGGAUAAAGGACGCGCAAAUCACUUUAGCAAUAAUUCUACUUUUUGUCACAUCGCAAGCCAGUUCAGUGGAGCCAGCGGACCUCUUGAAGAUUUUAGAUUUUCCCAGUUUACCUGACGGCGUUACGAAAACGACAGGUUUCUGCGCGCAUAGGAAGUCAACAAAAGGAGCCGAUGUGGCCUACAGAGUAUCCAAAGAAGCCCAGCUCAGCGCCCCCACCAAACAACUGUACCCUGCUGACGUGUUCCCUGAGGACUUCUCCAUCCUGGCUACGGUGAAGCCUAAGAAGGGCUCCCAGUCCUUCCUCUUGUCUGUGUAUAACGAGCAGGGCAUCCAGCAGCUGGGGGUAGAGGUGGGACGCUCCCCUGUCUUCCUGUAUGAGGACCACACAGGCAAACCCAGCCCAGAGGACUACCCUCUCUUCAGAGGACUCAACCUGGCUGACGGAAAGUGGCACCGAGUGGCCAUCAGCGUUCACAAACAGAGCAUCACCAUCAUCCUGGACUGUAAAAAGAAGACCACGCAGAAACUGUCCAGGAGCCCACACCCCAUCAUCGACACCAAAGGAAUUGUGGUCUUCGGAACUAGAAUACUCGAUGAAGAAGUCUUUGAGGGAGACAUCCAGCAGCUGAUGAUUGUAGCCGAUCACCGUGCUGCGUAUGAUUACUGCGAGCACUACAGCCCCGACUGUGAGGUCCCUGUCCCAGAGCAGCCCCAGGCACAGGACCCCAACACAGAUGAAUACAACACAGAGGAGGACAGCUAUUACUAUGAGUAUCCUUACUAUGAGGACACGGAUGGGAAGCCUUCUGAGACUGAGACAGACGAUGCAGCUGGACCUGCCACGGAAGACGUAAAGGUGUCCGUGCCAGAGAGCGGCCGUGUCGUCACCUCCGUCAAAGAGGUGGUGUCAUCAGUAAGGGAGACAGCCAGUCAGGGAGCCGAGGGCAAAGUGUUGACCAGUACCGCCAAUGCUGAAGCUGCCGCUGCUGCUGGAGCUGGGGAGGAUACCAGCCGUUACGACAACUAUGAUACGGAAGGUUACGGCAACUACGAGACGUACUACGACGAGUCCACGGCCCUGCCCGACGUCGCUCACAGGGUCACCAUCAGCAGUAGCAGCAUGGGGACGGGCGCAGGGGUGGAGCUGGACUUGGGGUCAAAGGUUGACCUGGGCACGGGGGCGGAGAUUGAGAAGGUCAUCACCACUAGUGGAGGAUUCACCAUGACACGCAACAGGACCUCAGGAGCAACAGCCUACGAUGGGAACUAUGGCGAGGGCUAUGACCUGUCCUAUGGAGAGGGAGAGGAGGAUGAGUACGGACUCGGCGGAGAUGGCCACGGCAGCAGAACCAGCAGCAGCAGUACUGUCGAAAUUGGUGCCGGUGGGGGAUCCGUAUCAGUCGGGGGCAGUUCUGUUUCUGUUGGGGGCGGUUCCGUCUCUGUGGGUGGAUCUGCCAGUGCCGGAGGCGGGGCGGCGGGCGCCGGAGGUGGGGCAGCAGGCGCCGGAGGCGGGGCGGCGGGCGCCGGAGGCGGUGGGGCGAGCGCCGGAGGCGGGGCGGUGGGAGCCGGAGGCGGGGCGGCGGGAGCCGGAGCCGGGGGUUCCGUUGCUAGGGGAGCAGGUGGCCAGGGUGUGAAUAUUGAGGGAGAUUACACUGAUCUGGAGGGUGUUGGGUUUAAGGAGGAGUCCAUCUCUGAGUACGGGGAAGAAGAUUAUGGCUAUGCAGACCUGGACUACGGUGGACAGGAGGAAAAGGUGCUGCCGGCAGAGACAGACGAAUACUAUGGACAGGUUGAUGGGUCUCGAGGAGAGAAAGGACAGAAGGGAGAGCCUGCUAUCAUUGAGCCUGGAAUGCUGGUGGAGGGUCCACCCGGGUCUGAAGGCCCAACAGGUCUCCCUGGACCCCCAGGUUCCUCCGGUUCCCCGGGCAGCCCCGGAGACGCAGGAGAGAGGGGUCCGAAUGGUCGUGCUGGUCUUCCUGGUGCGGAUGGUCUGCCAGGACCUCCAGGGACUGUCCUCAUGCUGCCUUUCCGGUUCAGUUCUGGUGGAGACUCUGGACAGAAGGGACCUCAAGUGUCUGCUCAGGAGGCUCAGAUGCAAGCCAUCAUGCAACAGGCCAGGCUUGCGAUGCGUGGUCCUACUGGCCCUAUGGGUUUGACUGGUAGAUCUGGUCCUCUGGGUUCUCCAGGUGUGCCUGGACUGAAGGGAGAUUCUGGAGAGACCGGUCCUCAGGGACCUCGUGGACCAAUGGGUUCUCAUGGACCCCUUGGGAAGCCUGGUAGAAGGGGACGUGCUGGAUCUGACGGAGCCAGAGGCAUGCCUGGUCAGACCGGAACCAAGGGAGACAGAGGUUUCGAUGGUUUAGCCGGACUUCCUGGUGAGAAGGGACACAGAGGCGAAGCUGGUCCCCACGGACCUCCCGGACCCACAGGAGAGGAUGGAGAGAGAGGAGACGAUGGAGAGAUUGGGCCACGUGGUCUGCCUGGUGAACCAGGACCUCGUGGUUUGCUGGGACCAAAGGGACCUCAGGGACCUCCCGGGCAACUUGGUGUGACUGGAAUGGAUGGCCACCCUGGACCCAAAGGAAACAUUGGACCCCAAGGAGAGCCUGGCCCCAGUGGACAGCAAGGAAACCCUGGUGCUCAGGGACUUCCAGGUCCUCAGGGAGCCAUCGGGCCCCCUGGAGAUAAGGGUCCUACCGGAAAACCAGGACUGCCAGGAAUGCCCGGAGCUGACGGACCCCCGGGUCACCCUGGAAAGGAAGGGCCCAACGGAGAGAAAGGACAUUUGGGUCCCACUGGCUCUCAAGGCCCAAUCGGUUAUCCCGGUCCCCGAGGCGUGAAGGGAGCCGACGGUGUACGAGGCCUGAAAGGAGGAAAGGGGGAAAAGGGAGAAGAUGGAUUCCCUGGCUUCAAGGGAGAUAUGGGAAUCAAGGGUGACAGGGGUGAGCUGGGACCUGCAGGACCCAGAGGAGAGGACGGACCUGAGGGGCCCAAGGGUCGCUCUGGUCUCCCUGGAGACGCUGGCCCUCUCGGACCCAACGGAGAAAAGGGCAAACUGGGUGUUCCAGGGUUGCCAGGAUACCCCGGAAGACAAGGGCCAAAGGGAUCUCAGGGAUUCCAAGGUUUCCCCGGAGCCAACGGAGAGAAAGGAGCAAGGGGACUUGCAGGGAAGGCUGGCCCAAGAGGACAGAGAGGACCAACGGGACCUCGUGGAGAGAGGGGACCAAGGGGACCAACAGGAAAAGCUGGACCAAAGGGUACCUCAGGAAGUGACGGCCCUCCAGGACCUCCCGGUGAGAGGGGUCUUCCAGGGCCUCAGGGGCCAACAGGAUUCCCCGGACCAAAGGGCCCACCCGGCCCCGCCGGGAAAGAUGGUCUGCCCGGACACCCUGGACAGAGAGGCGAGACUGGUUUCCAAGGCAAGACGGGCCCACCUGGACCCCCAGGAGUGGUCGGACCUCAGGGCCCCACAGGUGAGACUGGUCCAAUGGGAGAACGUGGCCACCCCGGACCCCCAGGCCCACCCGGUGAGCAGGGUCUUCCUGGAUCUGCUGGCAAAGAGGGAGCUAAGGGUGACCCAGGUCCCGCUGGCCCGGCUGGUAAGGACGGUCCCCCUGGUCUGAGAGGGUUCCCAGGAGAGAGAGGUCUACCCGGACCAGUGGGGGCUCACGGCCUGAAAGGGAAUGAAGGCCCCGGCGGCCCGCCUGGACCUGCUGGUUCCCCUGGUGAGCGUGGUCCUGCUGGCACAGCCGGACCCACCGGACUCCCCGGACGACCAGGACCUCAAGGACCCCCAGGACCCGCAGGAGAGAAGGGUGGACCGGGAGAGAAAGGACCACAAGGCCCCGCUGGUAGAGACGGUAUCCAGGGACCGGUGGGUCUGCCUGGCCCCGCUGGACCUCUUGGAGCCCCCGGAGAGGAUGGAGACAAGGGAGAGAUUGGAGAGCCAGGCCAGAAGGGAAGCAAAGGAGACAAAGGUGAACAUGGUCCACCUGGUCCUACUGGUCCCCAAGGCCCAGUCGGAGCGCCUGGUCCUGCUGGAGCUGAUGGAGAGCCCGGUCCUAGAGGUCAGCAGGGUCUGUUUGGCCAGAAGGGAGAUGAAGGAGCCAGAGGAUUCAACGGACCCCCAGGCCCAGUGGGACUGCAGGGAUUGCCUGGUCCCGGCGGCGAGAAGGGAGAAACCGGAGACGUUGGUCAGAUGGGUCCUCCCGGUCCCCCUGGCCCCAGAGGCCCCUCCGGACCCCCAGGAGCUGAUGGCCCUCAGGGACCCCCUGGUGGUAUUGGAAACCCUGGUGCUGUUGGAGUGAAGGGUGAUUCAGGUGAAAGCGGAGAGCCUGGUCUUCAGGGAGAACUUGGCGGACCUGGCCCAAGGGGAGAGCGAGGAGAGAAGGGAGAGGGCGGUCCUGCUGGCUCUGCUGGACCCCCCGGCCCUAAAGGUCCCCCUGGAGACGACGGUCCUAAAGGAAGUCCUGGUCCAAGUGGUUUCCCGGGUGAUCCUGGUCCCCCUGGCGAGAUCGGACAGGCUGGUUUAGACGGUCCUCCUGGUGACAAGGGAGACGACGGAGAGGCUGGUCAACCUGGUUCCCCUGGACCCACCGGAGAGUCUGGUCCUUCUGGCCCACCAGGAAAGAGAGGCCCCCAUGGAACAGUUGGACCCGAGGGCAGGCAAGGAGAGAAGGGAGCCAAGGGAGAGUCUGGUCUGGAGGGCCCACAGGGAAAGACAGGCCCAGUUGGUCCUCAGGGAGCACCUGGCAAGCAAGGUUCGGAAGGUCUCAGAGGUAUCCCUGGCCCAGUUGGGGAACAAGGUCUUCCGGGUUCUUCAGGCCCUGACGGACCCCCUGGACCUAUGGGUCCUCCAGGAUUACCCGGUUUGAAGGGAGACUCUGGUAUUAAGGGUGAAAAGGGCCACCCUGGUCUUAUCGGUUUGAUCGGGCCCCCAGGUGAGCAGGGAGAAAAGGGUGACAGAGGUCUGCCAGGCCCCCAGGGAACAUCAGGACCCAAAGGAGACAAUGGUAUUGCUGGCCCCUCAGGUCCUCUUGGUCCCCUGGGACCCCCAGGAUUACCUGGUCCUCCUGGACCUAAAGGAGCUAAGGGAUCAUCGGGUCAAACUGGUCCCAAGGGAGAGACUGGUGUUCCUGGACAACCAGGGCCUCCUGGUCCUCCCGGUGAUGUCAUCCACCCGCUGCCCAUGCAGUCGAAUCCCAAGAGGAGCCGCAGGAACAUCGACGCCAGCCAGAUGAUGGACGAGGCCAACGCCGAUGCCAACUACAAAGACUACGACGACGGCAUGGAGGAGAUCUUCGGAUCCCUCAACUCCCUCAAGCUGGAGAUCGAGCAGAUGAAGCACCCGCUGGGAACGCAGAGCAACCCUGCCCGCACCUGCAAGGACCUGCAACUCUGCCACCCCGACUUCCCCGAUGGUGAAUACUGGAUCGACCCCAACCAGGGUUGCUCGAGGGACUCGUUCAAGGUCCACUGUAAUUUCACAGCAGGAGGAGAGAGCUGCAUCUACCCUGACAAGAAGUCUGAAGGGACUAGGCUCACAUCCUGGGUAAAGGAGAUCCCUGGCUCCUGGUUCAGUGAAUUCAAACGUGGUAAACUGAGCAAAAUGGCAAAAUGGCCCAAAGACGCCCCAGGUUCUUGGUAUAGUCGCUACAAGCGAGGUUCCAUGCUCUCCUACGUGGACGCUGAGGGCAACCCCAUCGGCGUGGUCCAGAUGACUUUCCUGCGGCUGCUUAGCGCAGCCGCCCGCCAGAACCUAACCUACAACUGCUACCAGUCAGUGGCCUGGCACGACCAGGACGGGGACUCGUACGACAAGGCCAUCCGCUUCCUGGGGUCCAAUGAUGAGGAGAUGUCCUACGACAAUAACCCCUACAUCAGAGCCGUGGUGGACGGCUGUGCGUUGAAAAAGGGCUAUGAAAAGACAGUACUUGAGAUCAACACACCAAAGGUGGAACAGGUGCCUUUUGUUGACAUAAUGUUCAAUGAUUUCGGCGGAGCCACGCAGAAGUUUGGAUUCGAAGUGGGUCCUGUCUGUUUCGUCGGCUAAGACUGUUUACUGAACAAAAUGGAGAAAAUAAACAGCAUAUUUGUUUUGUCAAAAACAAAACACAUGAAAUGAAUAGGACAAUUUUUAUUUGUGUAAAACAUUCUGUGUUCAAUAGCAACAAGUAUGAAUAAAAUACAAAAAUUCAAGAUGAGAAUACUAGAAUACAUUUCUGUAGGAUUUCGUGAGAAAUAAUUAAAAGAAAGAGCAACCUUGCAACCUCAGUGUGCCUUCUCUAUCACAUGCAAGUUUUGAAACUGGAUAAGUUAGAUACUACCGACCCCUAUCUUCACCCCUGACCCGUAUCUCCGACCCGAAACCUCCACCCGCUCCCAGUGCACUUGAUGUAGAUCCAGUCUGCCUGUCCAACGCACCCGAGGCAAACCUUUACCUGGAAUUCCACUGGGUUCAGAAGAUUGCCAUGGACUCCAUCCCAUUUGGCAGUUUGCUUCAUUGUUUUGUUUUGAUCUCUGUUUUUAUUAUUUUUUAAAUCUCCCUCUUAUCUCCCGCUUUGAAUAUUUUAUUAAUUGGUUCAUUCAUUCGUUCAUUCAUUCAUUUCUAAAAAGCUUUGUUUUGUGCAUAAUUGUCUCGCCGUUCUUCUGAAUGGAGCUUAUAUAUAUAAAUAUAUAUAAAUAUUUUUUGUUAUGUUUGUAAGUACUUUCUGUAUAUUUUUCCAGGUAAUGUUGAUUGAUUCUGGCUUCAAAACGUGCAUGUGACCUUUUAGGAAAUGAUGGUUAUUGGACUACAUCAAAUUUGCAGAUCCUGAAGUGAGGAAUUGAAUGUGUAAAUUGGAGAAUAGAUGAGGAAUGCUUGUCUUGUUGCUGGUUGUGAAUCACGCCUAAUUGUAAUUUAAGAACCGAAUGAAAAUAAAAGUUGGAGAAAAAAAAACUCUGCAUUACUAAAUGAGAGUUGAUUUGUAGAAAACAAAAUGUGUCAAGAAAAAAAAUUACACAGAAAUAUUCCUCCUCUCCUUGUGUCCUCCUGAACGAAGUGCCUAUUUUGGUGGCAUUUGGAGAUUUUAUUAACUUAAUCAACCGUCUUUUUUACAUCAUUUUUCUCCCCAAUACUUCACUAUCUCUGAUCUAUCAACCUAUAUAUGCAACGUGACAUGUCACAUUUCAAUGAAGCACAGGAAAUCAAGACUUAGGUGCUAUUUUCUCUCCUCUGUGGUGCUAUGAUAUUUUCUAGUUUGUUAUUUUGAAAGUACAGUCAUCUGAUUGGUGAUGUUAACCUGUCACCAUGACUACCCUUUCUGCCUCUGACCCUCUUAGCCAUUACCUCUGGCCAAAUAACAUCUUCACUGCAUUCUUAUUUAUGUCCAGGGGUGUUUUAAUGCAUGCCAGUUUGCUUCAUAUUCAUUCAUAGAUCAAUGCAGUAUAUUAUUUGAUGUACUUCUCUGCUUCCAAAGCCCACUUAGUAACUACUCAACCAGUGUCUGAUCAUACUGCAAUUUACUUAGAAUGUGUUAAUUGAAAUAAGAUUGUACUCGAAUGCCAAAUGUGGGUCUAAUUUAUCUAACUUUCUUAGAUGUCUUUAAAAAAGAAAGAAAGUAGAAGCAAUACUGCAAUAUUUCCAUAUCAUGGUUCCAAGACUUGGUGCAUUUUGUGAAUGGAUCUCAGUGAUUGGUGUUGUAUUGGAUCAUCUUUUUCCACUUCGUCAAGCUUUUUCAUGCUUUCCUUUUUCAGGGGUGGGGUGGAGGUGACUGGUUUGGUACCUGAAAUCCUCAACUCUCUUACCAAAGGUUUUGUUUAUACAUAGCUUUAAGUUUCUAGAGGGCCAAGAAUCGAUUACAUAGUUUGAAAUCCACUAUUUUUUUUUUUUCAAAUGAUGAUUAAAAUCAGAUGUGUCAUAUAAAAGAAAAACAUCUAAAAAUAUUUUAAAAAUUAAUUAAUAAAAGGAAAAAUGUAGUUUAUUGUUCAUCAGAUUAGCCAGUUUAAAGGAAGAAAAGCCAGAUGAAAAGCUUGUUUUUGUAUUGUUCUGAUUUACCUGUUGGUUUACUUCCUUUAGCCCCUAGUUAUCCCCUUUGUACAAACUAUGCACUCUGCCUGCUUUUUACCACUACAACAUCAUCACUUUUUACUGUCCUGCAUAAGUAGCUUGAUUUUUGUUAAGUUUGACCGUUUUUACCUUCUAGAUAUGUGACUUGAAACAUUUCUGUUAAAAUAGCUGAAUACACUUAUUGAUAAUCGUUUUAAAAUUUUCAUUUCGAUAAAUCAUGCCAAAUGUAACAUUUUUGCUCUCAAUACAAGGACAAAACAAUUUUGUAAAUUUUCAGAACCAGCAGUCAAUAAAGUUUUUUGUUUUUGUUUUUUUUGUUUUACCUUUGUCUGUUCAUUCAUUUGUUUUUACGGUCUUGUCAAACCUGUGUAAGAGAGGAUAGGAGAUGGUGUUUUUGUCAAUAAAUUCAAGUUUACUGUGGCCACCCACUCUUGUAUGUCUUUUGAAGCAUUAAAACCUAUCUGUAUGCA